AAUCUACACAAUCAAACCUCCUAUCCAAAUCCAUCUCUUUAGAUUUACAUAUCCAUGGCUUUGCAAAAUAAUGCAGCACUUUUAAUCUUUAUUGCAAUCACCUUCUGUGCAGUCUCCGUUUCCGCCAAAGAGUUCGUGGUCGGUGACGCUAAGGGCUGGACUAUUGGUCCUUGCUACAAAACAUGGGCUAAAGAUAAGGAAUUCUCCAUCGGAGACGUUCUAACAUUUAACUACAAGAAAGAGUUUCACGACGUGCUAAGAGUGAACAAAGAAAGUUUCGAUUCCUGCAAUCCAACGUCUCCUAUUUCAACUAAUAACUCUGGAGAAGACCUCAUCAAUCUGAUGGAACCAGGCGAAUAUUAUUUCAUAUGCGGGAAACCUAACCAUUGCCAAGAUGGUAUGAAGCUUAGUAUUCAUGUUGCAUGAAACUGUUCUUCCAAAAGAGUAGACUCGAUCCGAUUCUCAGCUUCUCCGGUUGAUGAAUAUGCAUCAGAAAUAAAUUAAUUAAUCCUAAAAUUAAGAGUGAUUGUUGAAAAAGAUUUAAGUUUCAAUAUGUACAUUUGGUUUCGUCCCUAGAAACACAUUUCUUUAAUUUAGUAAAUAAAUGAAUAUAGUUUUUUUGGUUAUA